UCAAUUAUCAUGAUUUCCAUUUCACUCUUUAUCUUGGGAACUUUAUUCACUACUGUUAUCGCUCAAGAAUGUGUACCGUACGACUCUUCAUUUAAUUUUUCAUCUGGAUAUCCAGAAAUUUGGAAAAAGCCCUCAAGUGAUGUUUUUAAUACAGAAGAGUUUAUACAGCUUAACAGUUCUAUUGAUUGGUCAAAAGUGCCUAAUAUUGCACCUCGUAAAAUGGUCAAUGGGGUUUUAGAUAAGACUGGUUAUUCUACUAGUGAUCCUGAUUGUUGGUGGUCAUUUAAUCUGUGCACAACACCAAAAGCACCUGGACUGCAACCCGAUGUCUCUUUUUGUCCUGAGCCUG